CAUGGCCCGUAAACUGGAGCACCUCAUCAUUCCCAACGCUGGGCUGGGCUUUGCCAUCGGCAUGGUGGACUCGUCCAUGAUGCCGGAGCUGGGUUUCCUCGUGGACAUCCGCCACGCAGCGGUCUACGGUUCCGUGUACGCCAUUGGAGAUACUGCGUUCUGCUUGGGAUAUGCCGUUGGACCUGCAUUCUCUGGAGCUCUAGUCAACAGCAUCGGUUUCGAAUGGAUGCUGGUCAUCAUUGCAAUCCUGAACUUUGCGUAUGCUCCGUUCCUUCUUCUGCUGAGGUCACCGCCAGCAAGGGACGAGAAACAAAGUUUGAUCAUCAGUGACAAGUCAUCGGUACGCUACGUCAGCUACCAAAACGAGGAAGAAGAAUAAAGCCCGCCAAAACCGCCGCCAUCUUGGAUACCGCCGUAAUGUCAUUUUCUUUUUUAUUGUCUUUGGAGUGGUGUUGCUGUACAAAAAUAUGAGGUUUGCUUAGCAAAUAUAAUAAUAAAUAGCGACGUCUAAGGAGUGUACAACCUGCUGUAGUGUUGCCAAAAUAUAUUCAACGAUAUUAUAAUAUAUUU